GCGGCCGCCGCUCGGCCCGGCUCAGAGCAGCGGCUGCCCCUCGGGGAGCCGCCGGCGGCAUCUCCCUCUGCUCCGGCGAGCGGGACCGGACGGCGGAGGCCCCCGGCAGUGUGAGGGGCCGGGGACCACACGGCGGGGCCGUUCCCGCUCCUGCCCGCACAUCCUCCCUUGCAGAGGGGCCCGAGUGGAAGCGGAGCGCUCGGGGCAGCCGGAGCCGGGAGUCGGAGCCCUCCUGUGGGGCGAGAGAAGGGCCGGGCCCGGCCUUGCUCUAGGCCCGGCCAGGCAGCGCUCGCCCCUGGGCAGCACUGCGAUCCUGCGCCCGGCCAGGAGGUCAGAUGUGGGGGGGCAGGAGGUGCUUGGGCCCUAAUAAGGGAUUAGAAGAUGCUCCGUGAAGCUGCGCGUUGGCUCCUCGAAGCAGGGAGCCGUGCGCGGACCUGCUCUGCUGUCUGCCCGAGCGGUGCGAGGGGCUGGCCGGCGAGGCCGAGCUGCUGAGGGAUGGAGGGGCCGGGGAGCGGGAGCGCCGCGGCCUCCUCGGGCCUGGCCGACGGCAGUUUGGUGCUGUGGACGCUGUGCUCCGUCCUGCUGCCGGUGCUGAUCACCCUGUGGUGCAGCUUCCAGCGGUCGCGGCGGCAGCUGCUGAUCCGAGACAUCUUUCGCAAGAGCAAACACGACUGGCACUACACAGACCUCUUCGGGCAGCCCACCUACUGCUGCGUCUGCGCCCAGCACGUCCUGCAGGGCGCCUUCUGCAGCUGCUGCGGGCUGCGCGUCGGCGAGGGCUGCCUCAAGAAGGCCGACCAGAGGUUCCUCUGCAAGGAAAUCGUGAUGAGGAGCGGCGCUGGAGCCCGCAGCUCCAUGCCGCACCACUGGAUCCGAGGCAACGUCCCGCUCUGCAGCUGCUGUAUGGUCUGCAAGCAACAGUGCGGCACGCAGCCCAAGCUCUGCGACUACAGGUGUGUGUGGUGUCAGUGCACUGUACACGAUGAGUGCAUGGUGGAUCAGUUAAAGACUGAAGAGUGCACAUUUGGAGAGUUCAGAGAUUUAAUUAUUCCACCCUAUUAUUUGUCUGCAAUCAACCAGCUGCGUAAAGACAAAAGAACCAGUUAUGAAAAGGUAGUCCCUUACAGCAGCAAGCACUGGGUGCCAGUGAUCAUCCUGGCCAAUACCCGCAGUGGAAACAACAUGGGGGAAACUUUGCUAAGAGAAUUUAAAAUCCUGCUCAACCCUGUUCAGGUCUUUGAUCUAAGCAAAACUGCUCCUGCAAAAGCACUCCAGCUUUGUCUCUUGCUGCCCUGCAACGCUGUCAGGGUUCUCGUCUGUGGUGGGGAUGGCACAGUAGGCUGGGUCCUGGAUGCAAUUGAUGAGAUGAAGAUAAAGGGGCAAGAACUUUUUAUUCCCCAAGUUGCAGUUUUACCUCUAGGAACAGGCAAUGACCUGUCCAAUACCCUGGGCUGGGGUGCAGGUUAUGCUGGAGAAGUCCCUGUGGAGCAAAUCCUACGAAACGUGAUGGAGGCAGAUGGAGUCAAACUGGACAGGUGGAAGGUUCAAGUAACAAACAAAGGAUACUACAAUUUAAGGAAACCAAAGGUAUUCACAAUGAACAACUACUUUUCUAUAGGCCCUGAUGCUCUCAUGGCUUUAAAUUUCCAUGCUCACCGUGAGAAGACUCCCUCUCUGUUCUCCAGCAGAAUUAUCAACAAGGCUGUUUACUUUUUCUAUGGAACCAAAGACUGCCUGGUACAAGAAUGCAAAGAUCUUAACAAAAAGGUUGAGCUAGAAUUGGAUGGUGAGAGAAUCGAGCUGCCCAAUUUGGAAGGCAUCAUCGUCCUGAAUAUUGGCUACUGGGGAGGUGGCUGUAGGCUCUGGGAAGGAAUGGGUGAUGAACCUUACCCCUUGGCAAGACAUGAUGAUGGACUUCUGGAAGUUGUUGGUGUUCAUGGCUCUUUCCACUGUGCCCAGAUCCAGGUGAAACUGGCAAAUCCUGUGCGCCUAGGGCAGGCACACACAGUGAGGCUGAUCCUGAAGAGCUCCAAGAUGCCGAUGCAGGUGGAUGGGGAGCCCUGGGCCCAGGGGCCCUGCACUGUCACCAUCACUCACAAGACCCACGCCCUGAUGCUGUAUCACUCGGGGGAGCAGACAGACGACGACGCCUCCAGCACGUCCGAGCCAGAGCCCGCCAGAGAGCAGACGGAUGAAGAUGAGUAGAUCUGGGGAAGCUGAACAUGCAGCAGUGAACUUCAGCUCAUUAAACCACUGACAAUGCCUAAUCUAGCUUAAGCUUUAUGCUGUGGGGCUCAUGCCUGUGAGUGAAGUAGAGCUGAGGAUAAAGCCAUGCUGUUAGCUGCAUGAAAGCUGUCACAGCUGAACUCCCCCAACUGGUUUGCCCUUUAGGUCGGUGGUGAUGGCCAGUACCUAGCUGCAGGAGAUAAUUGCUUGGAUGGCAGGACAGAGACAUGCUGCAGCCUUUCCUUGCUGUGCAAUCAGAUCCUCUUCACAUAAAGUUUGCAAAGUUUGAUACCUUUGGGAAGGGGAACUGCUGGGAGUUUGGCCUGCUUCCACCUGCCCUCUUCCCCAGAACAGAAACCCAGACCAAGGAGGCUGUGGGCUGAUUUUCUGACAACAGCCUGCUCCUGGCUGCCAUCUCUUCUUGGGAGCAAGACAAGCCCUUACCUGUUCACCAGCUUGUGCAGUGUGUAUCUAAUGGGCUUGGCUGGGAGAGCAGAGGAUCUGGGGUCUCUUGGAAAGGUAGCUAGGAAGAAAGAUGCUUUUGGACUAAAAGUUUCUGGAAAAGUUCUGCUAGGCAGUGACCUUUUUCAGAGGCUUUGUAAGCCAUAGACAGAUACUCCUGAGGUCCUGGGGACCCAAGAUACAACUUUGUGACUUGCACUGAAUGAUCCUGUGACUGAUGCUGCUUCAGGUCAAUGAGAGACUACUUCUAGCUUUUGUAAAUGUAAUUUUGUGAUUGCUGGGGAGGCUUCUUGGAGGAGAACUUGGCCAAGGAAGCUGACAAUUUUAAACCUGUUUAGAGGAGGGGUUUAAAGACAUAAUUAUCAUUGGCAGAUGUGUUUGUUUCUUCAAGCUUUGAUGAAGAUCUUGCUUCAUACCUACCUGGAAAUGGUCAAUAGCAAGUGAGUCUGAUAGCUGUUUCAGUUUAAAGUGUGGAGGUGAAGAGCUGUUUGCAGAGGUUAGCAAGUUCUGCCCUUCCUGUGUGUAAUUUGAGUGUAAAAAAAGCAUGGAAGCAUUUAUUUUCUGCUUGGCUCUUAGGAGUCAAAGAUACCUUGAUGGACCUGAAACUUGAAACCUGAAAAAGAUUAAUGGUCUGUACUGGCAGCAAAGAGCCCUUACAGCAGGACACAGAAACUGUCAGUUUGGCAUAUCUGUGGCUUCUCAGGUUCAAACUUCUCAGGUGAAAACACCUUCAUAGUUAACAAAAACCUGCUUCCUUUUUUCUAUCCUGUCCUAGGUACUUCAAGCCUGCAGCAGGUGAGUUGAGGCUUCAAACUUGUCCCUAAUUCAGUCAAGUCCAACUAAAUCACUGAAGGUGAUCUUCCAAGCAGGAAAAAAAAAAAUCAUGCUGAAUAUAUCUUGCAUAAACCAAGAUUGUAAGAGAAGUUGAGAGCUUCAGUCAGAGCUUUGAACUUUGCCUCUUCUGUCAGAACUCCCCCAGCUGUUUGUUUGCUUUAUGCAAACUGAAAUUGAUGCCACAGGCUGGAGCAGAGCCUUGUUUCUAGGUUUUGUAAAGUGAAACCUUUCUCAGCAGUGCAAAGGGCAUUUGCAUGGAUGGUGAAUGGAGUCUUGAUGUUUUAAAGUGCUUUACUGCACCCAUGGCAAAGGCAGUAUUUCUUAAACCCUUCAACUGUAAUCUUCUCUUUGGAGGAUCCUUUUUAACUUGCUGGGGUUUGUCAUAGAAAGUCUGUGUGCUAGAUCUUAAGUACUACUGAUGAGCAGUACCUGGCUGAAAUGUGAUGAGUCUCAUGAGCUGUAGAGCAGAAGCCAUUUGUACAUUUCCAUGCUCAUCAGCCUUAUGCACUUCAUCUUAAUUAUUUUAUGGUAUGUAAAUAGAGAGAACAAAUUAAUAGUUAAAUCUAUGUAAAAGGGAAAUGGUUUAAACUUUCCCUCCCAAAUACCUUAGAUACAUUCUCUACUUUUUAAUUCUGAGGUUAAAUUUGUACUGGCUUCAAGAAUCCUGCUAAUUAAGUUAUUCAUUAUUUAAAUAACUUGUUACUCUCAACAGCCUGAAAACAAUGAAAUUCUCUUCUUGGGUAACUGCUGUUUACAAGCAGAUGAGAGGAGAAGCAGGGUCUGUGCUAUGAAAAGCAGAGAAAUGGCACCACUGGCUACCUGCUUUAGUUACAAACAGUUUAAUAAGUUACCUGCAGUUGAUCAGAUCAUUGUUUCAGUUGGUUUAUGGCAUAAGAAAUUUUAAUUAUUGAAGAACUUCACUGUUUCAGCUCCCAGGCAUCUAGAAUAAAAGAGGUGGCAAGAGGUUGGCAGUCUCCCAGUGGGUGAGCUGGGCUCUCCUCUCCCACUGUGCCCCAGUGGGCAUUGGUGGUGGUGGGCUGUGUGCAUGCAAGGUCCUUGUGCUCACUGCCAGGCCUAAAUGUGUGCAGCCCUCUUUGUGAAAUGCCAAUCCACCACUCCUCUGGGGGAAAGAAAGGAGAAUUGGAAGUGAAAGGAGCAUUUUUUUGGGAAAACCACUAGGGAAUGAUCUUGUUUGUAGUGGACAGAUGGAAGUGAAGAAGUUUGUGUUUUACAAAGUGACUGUCAGUGACUGCAGUGAAUGCCAGGUAGCAACUGUAGCCAUUGCAAGCAUGAGGAGGCCUCUUGGGCUGUUGUAUUUAUGGUAUGGAGAAUACUCUGGAGUUCAAGUGUCCACCUCCCAGUCAGACAUGGGAUCAUCCUUUUAUUGCAACUACAUGUAGCUGUCAUGUGCACAACAGAAAAUAGUUCUUUUUAAACAUGCAGCAUUAGCACUGGAGUCUGCUGGGAAGCCUUGUUGCUUCCUACAUGCUGUCCUUUCAUUCCAGGGUUUCCUCCUUUCUACUUUGGUGCAAACUGGGUUAAAUCCUGUUCCGAGUUGCUUUUAUUGAACUGGUUUCAGUCCGGUCUAAACUUCCGGAGUCUUUGGGCUCCCAGGUUCUGAUGGAAACAUAAACGGACAUUUCCAAUUCAUACUGGCGCUGCAGCUGCCAAUUCCGAGCGUGUGUUGUGAGCGUCAAGGUGUGCUCCGUGGGUUUUUGAUGUCGCAGGUGCAUAAAGCAGCGGCUGAGCUGCGCGGGAAGCGGUGCAGUGCGUUGUGUGGCCAGAGGAGGGCGCCCUGCAGCGGGGUUUGUGGCAGCGCUGAGCUCUUCGCUGCCUUCUUACAGGUCGGCGCUGGAAGGACGAAGUCGUGAGCGGAUUGCUCUGGCGGUCCUCAUCCAGCAGCCCUUCGUGUGAAAUGUGCAGGGGGGAUUAACAGCAGGUGCCAAGCAUGCCAGAGUGAAGUCCGAUUAGGUUUUACAGCUGCAAACACUUCAUUGUGUCUGAGUUUGGUCAGACUCCAGGGACUUGCUUUACUUUCGGGUUGUAAGUCCCGAGGCGUGCAGUGCAAAAGCUGAAGCUGCAUGGAGAGCCUUUGUGUGGCUCAGCUCAAACCUCUGCUCCUCUCCCACUCAGAUGCUGCAUGUAUGCAUUUUCAGGUGCACAGAACUUCUUGUCUUAGGCUUGGCUUUACUUUUUGUUUCCACUUCAGCAGGGUUAAACUGUUUCAGGUGUGUUUCAGAUGUUUCAGCAUCUUGUCUCUUUCCAUGUCUGGGUUUCAAAAGGCAUCUGAAACCCAAACUUACUUUCUUCACCUCGGAAACAGCAUGCACUUAAGGAUCUGCUUUUCCUAAGUGUGUCUGUUGCUCCUGCUAUUUAAAGCUGGUUAGGGCAGGAUUUAAAGCAUACUUCUAAUAGCACUUUGGAUUUCUUGUGGCUACUAAAGAACACCUUUGCAUUUGCUGCUGCAGUGGCAAUAUUGCUGUUUCAGUCAUUUCUGUUAAAAACAGGACAUUUCUCAGUGCUGUUAUGAACUACAUUUCCUGUUCACACUGUAUGGCAUCACUUCUGCACUUCAAACUCUUUUUAGGUGGUCACUUUAGAUGUUGCCCUUGUGUAGGGUUUUAUUUUGCAGGUCUUGUUGGGGUUUUUUUGGGCACUAAGUAACUUCAAACACCAUUUCCUUUAGAAGCUUUAAUUAUGUGCUGUGAGCAAACAGAUUUGAGUUUUUCCUGGUUGCAAAAGAAAAUGCUACUAUAGUUGAGCACACCUGGAGAAAAUAAUGUGUUUGAGGCAAUGUUUCUAGCAGGAGGAAGGGAAAAGUUUCUUCUGUACAACUUUAUCUGAUCCAGAUUGAGAAUUUGUGCCCCCUGACCUUUUGUUUUGCUGGUGUUUACAAUUCCUGAGUAAGUACUUCCUUUCCUCAGCCUUUAACCACUCAUUUUCUGCUGACUUUCUUUCGGGUAAAAAUGCCACUUGGGACAGUAGCAAAAGGUCUGCUGAAAUGGGGAUGCUGAGCUUUUCUCCUGCCCCCUUUAUCUUUCAUGCCAGCUGGCUUGUCAGAAAAGAAGACUGGAAUGGUUCCACACAGCUUAUUCUUAGCCCAGUAAGCCACCUGUUAGGCCUCUUCAGUCACCACACCUGGAGGAUAUCAGAGAGGAUUCCAGAAGUUCCCAGUCCACCCCAUGACCUUUGGAAGUACAGGGUUUGCUCUUUGCUGCUGGGGAGGAAGCUCCCUUUUCUCCACAGAGAACUGCUAAUUAAAGGUUCUGGUUUCACUUGGCCCAGUUCCUUCUGGUUCUCUAUGAUGUUGCACUGAUGCUUACAGCUUUUAGAGUGUGUGUUACUGUAGCUCACUGCUUGAAAAGCCCUCAAAGCACUGUGGUUUAGCUGGGAACAGCAAAAUGAUAGCAACCUUUUAGUAGUUACACCUUUUUACUUGGCAACAGCUGCUUGUUGGUAGAGCACCACUGUAACCUAGGUAGUUAACCUCUGGUUAGCAGCAGGACACUUGGCAAUCUCUGCUGUGUUCUGACUGAAGAUCCAGGUUUGUCCUGCACUUUAUGCUGACUACAAGCAGUUUUCUUCCUGUUGGAAAUGAUUUGACCCUUCAGGUAGGAGUAAGCUAGGAUAUAUACUAGGAGUAAACUAGUACCUGAUGGAUGCUGCUGAAUGUGAAGCACUGCUUUAAAAAUGCUCUGACUGCUUCUGAGAAGUGAGAGCUGCUGCUGGAGCAGGGGAAUGAGACAACAGGGCACUUGUUCAUUUAGCACAUUGCCUUGCUUUGGGCCACAGGUCUGACAGCACAGCUUGAUCUUGCUAAGAGUGCAGAGCACCCACUUCAGGUUUGGGGCAUCUCAGGGAGAGACUUGUAGCUGGAGUAAAGCCACACAUUUUGACUAAACCUAGUGAUGGGGACUUACAUGAGAUGAGGAUCCAGCUCUCACCUCUUCAACAGCAUGAAUGUAUUCAGCACUGCUUGCCCCUUGCUCACACUGCCCUCUUGGGCUGUCUGUAGUCCAUCUUUGGUGGUGUUUCAUUUGCAAAUGGAUUCUAGAUUCCAGCAUAAAAGUGGUGGGAACGCUGUGAGUUCAUCACAUUCUGCCUUCAAAGUUUACACCUCUCAAAAGCCAUUUUGUCUGCUACCAGCUGUUGUAAUCUUAGAGUACCUCCAGCAGUCUUCUCUUUUUAGGGUUUUUAUAGCUAAACAGAAUGGGUUUUUAUUUUUGUAGCUUGUAACUUCAGUAUGUAUAGUAGCUCUUUCUAUCCAGUAAGUAGAGAUCAGAAUAGAGUGACAGUGUGACUUAAAAACAGUGGUAACUACGUACAUGAACAUACCAGCAUGUUAGCAAAGUCUUCUUCAGCUUGGGAGUACUGUGGUGGGAUUUAUAACCAUUGUAUCUGUGAAUGUAUCCUGAAAUUGCACUAAACAGGGGAGGAAAAGAGCUCAAAAUGCAAGUAAUAGAUCCAAAAGUACAGUUGGGAUGAGAUUUAACAAGGCUACAUGCAGGGUUCUGCACUUUGGCCACAACAACCCCAAGCCACACUACAAGCUGGGGACAGAGUGGCUGAGAGCAGCCAGGCAGAGAGGGCCCUGGGGGUGCUGGCAGAGAGGAGCUGAAGAUGAGGCAGCAGUGCCCAGGUGGGCAGCAGAGCCAAUGGCAUCCUGAGCUGGCUCAGGAGCAGUGUGGGCAGCAGGACAAGGGAGGUUCUUCUGCCCCUGUGCUCAGCACUGCUCAGGCCACACCUUGAGAGCUGUGUCCAGUUGUGGGCUCCUAAAGUCAAGAGAGAUGUUGAGGUGCUGGAAGGUGUUUGGAGAAGGGCAGCAAGGCUGGGGAGGGGCCUGGAGCACAGCCCUGUGAGGAGAGGCUGAGGGAGCUGGGGGUGUGCAGCCUGCAGCAGAUGAGGCUCAGGGCAGAGCCCAUUGCUGCCUGCAGCUGCCUGCAGGGAGGCUGUAGCCAGGUGGGGUUGGGCUCUGCUGCCAGGCAGCCAGGGACAGAAGCUGUGCCAGCGCAGGUCUAGGCUGGAUGUUAGGAGGAAGUUGUUGUCAGAGAGAGUGAUUGACAUUGGAAUGGGCUGCCCAGGGAGGUGGUGGAGUCUCUGUGCCUGGAGGUGUUGAAGCCAAGGCUGGCUGGGGCACUGAGUGCCAUGGUCUGGUUGAUUGGCCAGGGCUGGGUUCUAGGUUGAGCUGGGUGAGCUUGGAGCUCUCUUCCAACCUGGCUGAUUCUAUGAUUCUCUGAAUUUAUAACAUCUUAGGGGGUUUUCCAUCCAAGAAAGGUGAUGCUUUGGCAGUCAGUACUGAGCAGUAAUGAAGGAGAGACCAGUGUACUCCGGACAGUGCAGCUGCUUCCUUAUGGUGCAGUUUGAGGUCUGUGUUAUUUAGUGUCCAAACAUCAGCAAAAGCCUCUGCACCAUUCCCACCUCUCAGGAAACAAAAGCUCAGAGCAAACCUGCCUGCUCGCAGCUGUGCAGUGUCUUGAGCUCUUGCAAAGAAAUGAUCAGCCAAUAGAAUAUUGAAUCUCCAGUAGAAAGGGUUGAAGUCAACACUUGUCCAUGUUUUCUUGGCAUCUAGUGAGGCUUUCCCAUCCCAAGUUGUUUUUCCCUUGUGUUUAAGAGCAAAGGAAGCUGAGCCGAGAUGGUGAGGGGGUAUUGCUGUGAAACCAAGUUGCAGAGGCUGGGAAGGGUGUCCUUUAUUUGAUGUGUGGGCACAGGAGCUGUGAUGGUGGAACUUAUCUCAGUCUCUGCUUUGUCUGCAUCCUCACUGGCUUCAUCCCUUGCCCCAUGUAACUGUGACCUCUGCUCAGAUGAUUACAUGGGCAGUGAUUUGUGUUGAGCACUUGGGUCAGGUUGUCUGUGAGAAGCUGCAGCGAAGUGGCAGAACUCCACCAGCUUCUGUGGUGUCACUCCACGUUUACAUGGGAGAAACCCAGGCAGUUGUAUCAUGGCCUCUCUUGUGACUGAAGACCCCAGAAGGCUCUGGGAAACAUCUGCUCCUUCACAGGAUUCUGUAAAUAGUGUUUUUUUCACAGCACUGACUCCGUUCCUGAAUGUCUGAAUGCAUCUUUUUGUUGUCCUGUUGCCUGUGCUGUAUUUGUCUGUAGAUUAAAGUGUGUGAACUAAA